AUGCCUGAUCCAUUCAGCGCCACAAGGUGCGCUCACAUUGCUGUAGUUGGUGCUGGAUGGUGGUCACAAGGUUGGCACCUUCCUCACCUCAGCCGAAACUAUCAUGCACAAAUCACCGCUAUCGUGGAGCCCUGUGAAGCUCCACGCAGCACCUUGAAUCCAGACUUGAAGACCACAGAGGAGCUGCAAAAGCUCUAUGCUGUACCAGUAUUCAAAACAUUUGAUGAAUUUCUUGCUUCACCGGAAGCAGAGCAAACUGACGGCGUGAUCAUUGCGACCACUCAUUCCGCUCACUAUGAGGUUGGAAUGAAGGCUAUAGGCCGCUUUCACGUACUGAUGGAGAAGCCAAUGACUACAGAUCUGGCAGAAGCAGACUGGCUUGCUCAAGCUGCAUCAAAGAGUGACCACAUAUUCAUGCUGAACAACACUGCAAAUUUCAGAGACUCCACUGAGAAAGUGCACAAUAUGGUCAAAAGUCCGUGCCUCAAGCCUGUUGGCAUGUUGGGUUACAUGGCAGCCGCACUGCUUUGGCUUUUUGAAGAUCCAGAAAAUGUGGGAUGGAUAAAGCCAACAGGUUCAAUGCAAGGAAAUGGCUUCGGAUUGGGACAAAUGUCCCAUGCACUUGCGUGGUUGUACUUUGUGACCGAUUUGGAGCCAGAGAAGGUGUGCUGCAGCAUGUUGCACUCCGAAAAGACCGGCGCUGAUAUUACUGACAUCGCCAUUGUCCACUGUGCUGGCAAUGCAAUCAUGAGCAUUCAUGGAACAGCUUCGAUGCCCUUCAAGUCUUAUUUUGAGUCGACAAAACAUAUUCACAUGAAGAUCUUCGGAUCCGGUGGUGUUCUCUCCUAUGGCGGAGAGGACCAGCAUCCUGAAUCCGGGGGAUUGCGUUUGGAGCUUUUUGAUGGGACAGACCAACACCUGCCAGGCUUUUACUUUGAGAAUUAUCAAGCAGAAGGUGAUGGACCAGAGUCCUUGCAAGUAUUCCUCAGCGGCUGCACCGGCACAAAGAUUCUGAACGCUGCAGAUGCAAUGAUUGGAAGAAAGGUGGUUGCGACGCUUGAUGCCAUGUACAAAAGUGCCAAGACUGGACAAUUUGAAGUUAUCAAACCAUUUGAAACUGCCAAUGAAAUAGAUUAUACUAUUUAUUUGUUUGAUUAA